GCAACCUAUGAUCGACCAAGUCACCUUGUCGCAUUCUCUCCAUAAAUAAGUCAGCAAUAACCUUAACCUUGUUUCUUUCCACCAACACCAUUUUCGCUUUCAAUAUUUUUUUUGGGAAACGAUAGAAUAAUACAACAGUGAGAAAACGGGAGUGACCGAUGGUGGUGAAGACGAAGAAGUGGUGGCCAUGGCUGUCGCCCGUCUCCAAGAAGUUCAUAGUCAGGUUGAUUGUGCGGAGGCUCCAGGGCUGUGAUCUGCUACCGAACGCUGCACGGGAAGGUUCCAGAUUAGUCGUGGAGAUUCGCUGGAAGGGUUCUAAGAUGACGCUCGGCUCUCUGCGGCGAAACUCCGCCGCAAGAAAUUUGACGAAAGAGGCCGUGGUGGACGGCGCCACCGUGGUUGACUGGGACGAGGAGUUUGAAACGUCAUGCAAUUUGAACAGCGACAAGGACAAUUUCUUUAAGCCCUGGGAGAUUGCUUUCACUCUCUUCAAGGGAUCGGAUCGGAAGUCGAAAAGCAAGGUUGCUGUUGGAACGAAAUUAUUGAAUAUUGCUGAAUUUGCAUCGUCAACGGAUCAGAAGGUUUUUGAUUUAAACAUUCCACUCACUCUAACCGGAGGUUCUGCAGAGUCCUCUCCUUUACUUUGUAUAUCAAUUAGCUUGACAGAGCAGAGAGUUUCCCAAGAAAUCUUGGAUUCAGUUCAGAGAUCUACAGUGUCUGUGCCAUUGCGCUCAGCCAAGUCAGCAGAAACAAACUUGGCAGAAAAAAAUGAGUUUUCUACAAUUGGUUGUAUGAAAGUAAAGAUUUUGACCGAGUUGGUAUCGAAAGCAAAAAAGGGGUAUCCUGAGGAAGAGGGAAGUGAAGGUAGAUCCUCUAGGAGUGACGGUGGUGAAUACAAUUAUCCUUUGGAAACCGAUUGGUUUGGUGAUUCUGAUGAUGAAUGCGAAACAGAUGAGGGGAAGGAGAAUUCCAGUGUCAGUAAGUCAUUUCGUUAUGGAACGUUGGCCUCUGCAAAUGCUGGUGAAUCUUUUAAUUCCGAAAUGAGAGAAAAUUAUGAAGACUGGGUUUAUUACAGCCAGCCGAAGUUUGAUGAUGGGUGUUCACAGAUGGAGGAUCCUUCUUCUUCUUCUUCUUCUUCUGAGCCUUAUUUACGAAGUUCUAAGCGCAACAUACUUCCAUGGAGGAAGAGGAAGUUGAGUUUCAGAUCUCCAAAAACUUGCAAGGGAGAGCCAUUGUUAAAGAAGGCGUACGCAGAAGAGGGUGGUGAUGACAUAGAUUUUGAUCGUCGACAACUUAGUUCCGAUGAAUCCCUUUCUUUGAAUUGGUACAAGACCGAGGAGGACACAUCUGUGAGAUCAUCAAUAUCUGAAUUUGGGGGUGACAGUUUCGUCGUAGGGAGUUGGAAGCAAAAAGAAAUCAUGAGUCGUGAUGGUUAUAUGAAGCUUCAAACACAUGUCUUCUUUGCUUCAAUUGAUCAACGCAGUGAGCGUGCAGCAGGUGAGAGUGUAUGUACAGUUCUUGUUGCUGUGAUUGCCGAUUGGUUCCAAAAUAAUCGUGAUCACAUGCCUAUAGAGUCUCAGUUUGAUAGUCUAAUCAGAGAAGGCUCAUUAGAAUGGAGGAAACUCUGCGACAAUGAUACCUACAAAGAGCGAUUCCCCGACAAACAUUUUGACCUUGAAACAAUUAUUCAAGCAAAAAUACGUUCACUUACAGUGGAUUUUGAAAAAUCUUUCGUUGGUUUUUUUCAUCCAGAAGGCAUGGAUGAUGAAGGGAAAUUCGACUUUUUACAUGGUGCCAUGUCGUUUGAUAGCAUUUGGGAUGAGAUUAGCUGUGUUGGACAAGAGUGUCCGAGUAGUGGGGAACCUCAUGUUUAUAUUGUUAGUUGGAAUGACCAUUUUUUCAUCCUCAAAGUUGAAUCUGAUUGUUACUACAUCAUUGACACCUUGGGAGAAAGACUUUAUGAAGGGUGUAAUCAGGCAUAUAUCUUGAAAUUUGACAGCAACACAACGAUUUACAACAUGCCAGAUGUUCCUCGUAUAUCAGAUGGUAAAACAUCAGACGACCAACAAGAGGUAUCAGAUUCUAAUAUGAAGAAAACACAUGAAGUAAACAAGGAAAUAAAUUCUGUUGAAGGAAACGACGUACAAUUGAGUAGUGAACAAGAAGAAGUUAUAUGUUGCAGAGGUAAAGAAGCAUGUAAAGAAUACAUUAAAAGCUUCCUAGCUGCAGUACCUAUAAGAGAAUUGGAAGCAGAUGCUAAGAAAGGUAUCGUUUCUUCAGAAUCGCUUCAUCAUAGACUACUACAAGUUGAGUUUCACUAUACCCAACUGUUACAGUCUUGUUAUGCAACUCCAGAGGUCGAAUAAUCAAUAACUGCACUAGACUUUAGCUUUAGCCUCAAAUGAGGAUUCUACUAAUCACACUGUAAAUUGAAAUUUAUGCUAACCAUUGAUGUUCUUAUGAUUUUUAAGUGAAUUCGAUUAACAAAUGGAUGCUCGUUUAAGCUUUUUGUUGCGGACAACGAGUGAGUUGAAUUUUUAUCUGUUA